GUGGCAUCCCACGGGCAGGAUUGUUGCCUAUGACAUCACUGUUACAAGUGCGCGUUACCCUUUACAGAUUAGCUGCUGCUUAUUUCGACCUAGCCCGUAACCAAAACCAGGGCUUGCCGGCUGAAAAGGUCCGGCCCUGUCAUUCCACAGAUCCAAUCACAUCACACUCCUUUCGGACUUUCUCCACUGUCUUUGACUGGUGAGGGGAUGGGUCUUUUAUCGGUCCAGCAGAGAGUAUUCUUUCCCGGAGCCGGCCAGAUAGCAUCCGGCCUCACACCCGGAGCCUCCCGUCUCCACUCCCGUCCUCCGGGCGGCGACGGUCGGAUUCAGUUCUUGGUGGGUCCCGUCUGUGCAGCGUUGGGAUUUCAGAUGGAGCAACCACAGCGCGUCCAGGUCAGUUCAUCUUAUCGUCACGACGACCACAUUACGCAUCAAACGCUUCGAGAACUAAGCCACGGGAUAGCCAACAUGACGGACCAUCAACCGAGAGGAAUGUCAAAGCAGACGAGGAGAGAUGAGAACUUGGUAUAUAGCUGUCUGCUUGCUUGCCAAAUGUAAGAAGGUAGGCUGUCUUCAACCUGCCCUUCAGCCAAGGUUCCAUGCAGUCAUCGCGCACUUUUACCGGCAAGAUACCCACUCUUCUCCGCUCAAGAGCUCCCAAGUCAGCCACUACCCGCCGGCUCGCACAUAGCAUCACCGGUCCCAGGAUCUCAAACAGAACUCCGCCCAAGAUGUCUCUCUGGUACCCCCGCAUCUCCCACGCCAAUUCUCCAACGCCAGGCUUCUCGUCACUCUUCCGCAUGUUGGAUGACUUCGACAAGUACGCCCGUGAGCUCGGAGGUCACCAUGCCGACAGCAGCACCAGCCUCCAGAACUUCUCGCCAAAGUUCGACGUCACCGAGCACGACAAAGAUUAUACCCUGCAAGGGGAGCUCCCAGGUGUCUCGCCUGAAAAUGUCGAAAUUCGAUUUACCGACCCGCAGACCAUGGUUGUCAGUGGCCACACCGAACGCAAGCACGAGGAGGGUGACCCAUCGCUUCGCCUGGGCAGCUCCGACUCACCCAAGAAGAUAGAAGGCGCCAAAGGUAAAGACAGUGAAGUGAAGAUGAAGGAUUCCAAGGACACCAAAGAUUCCAAGGAUAAAUCCUCGGGACCCAAGUACUGGCUGAGCGAGCGUUCAUUUGGAGAGUUCUCCCGCGUCUUCAACUUUCCCAACAACAUCGACCAAGACAAGGUGAAGGCCAAAUUCAACCAAGGCAUUCUGGAUAUCCUCGUACCCAAGGCUGAAAAGACGGGGGCUCGCAAGAUUGAAAUUCAAGGAUAG